AAAAAUAAGUAAAUAAUAAACAACACGUGAAGAGGAAUGUAUUUUGUUGACUUCCGAACUGUUUCGACUGCUUCCACAAGUUCAGGGGCGUUUUGACAAGUGUUAUUCUUGAAAAUGAUUUUUGUAUUUUUGUAUUUAUUGUGAAGAUAUUUUAUUUUUGCGAUGCAUAAAACAGACUUUUAAAACUUUUUGUAUAAACAGUUCUCCAUUAUGGAAAAACACAACAAUUCAGAGAAUAAUAUUGAAAAAAUCAUUCUGAAGGAUGAUGGUUCCAGUUCUGUCAUAUCUGAUGCUGAUGAAGAUCCUUCAUUACGUCCAUUAGUGACAUGUAGAGAGAAGCUCUGUAAACUUUUUGAAUCUCACAAAUUUCAGAUUGGAGUUAUUGCCUUAGUUCUUAUUGACUGCAUCAUUGUCGUAGCUGAAUUAAUAUUAGAAGCUAAACAUCAUGAACUGGAUGAUAAAACAAUUCCUCAUGUGCUUCACUAUCUGAGUAUUGUCAUACUUAGUGUAUUUAUUGUUGAAAUUGUUAUGAAAAUGUUUGCAUUUCGUGCUGAAUUUUUCCGUCACAAGUUGGAAGUUUUUGAUGCUUUUGUUGUAUUUUUGUCUUUUGCUCUUGAUAUAUCAUUCUGGGAGCAAGAAGAAAUCAACUUAAUUAUUGUUUUACGAUUGUGGAGAGUGGCUCGCAUUUUAAAUGGUGUUCUGAUUUCUGUGAAAACUCAGAGUGAGCACAAGCUUCAUAAAGAACGACAAUUACGAGAAGGGGUGGAACAAGAGCUUAACAAAUGUCGAUUGUAUACAAAUGCUCUUGAGAAGGAAGUAGAAAUGUUGCGCUCUCUGCUUGAACAACAUAAUAUCAAAAUGCCUCCAUCCGUAAUGAAUAAAUCUCAGCCACAAAAUACUAUUAAUGUUGUUGCAGAAGUAAAUCAAAUACCUGCUGUUUAAUAUAUUUUUUUACUAGUUUUAACAUCAGGUGUCAAGUGAAGAUUUUUUUUGUAAAUAUAAGUGAUAACAUAUCAUAUUUUUGUAAUGAUAUGCAGUUUACCCAUUGUUGUGGUUAAAACUUUUGUAUUUGCACUUACAUGUCUCUGACAAUUAUUUGCCAAAUAUGACAAUUGUUAGCAUCAUAAAAAAAAUCAAAUAAUAUAUUUUAAUAUUUUAUACAGAGUUUAUACAUUUUGUAUUUGCAAAGAUCAAUAAUGGUUUUUUUAACAUUUAUAUUUAUGAAUAUAUUGAUGCCAAUUCCAGAAGAAUGAAUUUUGAUAUUACUUGUUUGAGUUUAAAAUUAUAAUAUUAUUAUUAUAAUUUUAAAUUUAAUUGAUGCUGGAAUUGCUUAUCUUCGAUGUAAAAAUGCUGCACUUGUCUUAUUUUAUAAAUUUUAUUAAUUAAGAACUUAAUGUCUUUAUACUGUAAAUGAAUGUACUGUAUUGAUAGUAAAAUAUACCGUCAAAAUGAGAGUGACGUUUGUUGUCUUGUGUAAUCAUUCUGUUGAAGAUCUAACUCUUGUAAGAUAGUUGUUAGAGUAUCUUUUAUUGAAUUCUAUUGUGUUAUUUGAAAUAAGGAAGCGUUAUGUAUUAUUAAUUUCUUUUGCAUCUUUUCAUGUUUUUACUUUUAUAAUCUCUCAUUGUAUUAAUAAUUAUGAUUCUCAUCAUUUUAUAAUUAAUUGAAAUACAUCAUAUGACAUAUUUGAAUAUUUCUGUAAUAAAAAAGAAAAACCAAAACAAAUUAUCUUUAUAUGCUUGUUUUGACAUUUUCUGCAUGUUUGGCCGUCUUCUUAAUCAUUCCAUUUGUUGUUCUGGAUUGAUUUGUCCUCAAAAUUAUAUCUAUUUAUCCAUCUAUGAAAAUAAGAAUAGUUUAUUGAAAGUUUUCAGUUUUUUUUUUUUUCUUUUCUUUUUGAAUGUUGCAAGUUGGUUCUAAGUCUUGUAAAAAUUUACGUUUGGAUUGAAAAUAGAAUUGUGUAAUUAAAUGUCUCCUGUAUUAAGAAACUAGUAAUAACAUUUAGAAUUUUUUUUAACAUUGUAAUGUUUAUAAUCUGCCAAACUAUUGUGUCACUUGAUGUGCAAGAUUUAAAAAAAAAAUUAAAAAAAAUAACAUGCUCUAUAGGGCAGACUGUUGAUAUUAACCAACCAAAUUUGGGAUGUAGCUAUUUCUUGAAUAAGAAGUAUUCAUUCAGAAAACGUUUUUUGAAUUUUAAAUUAAAAAUUUAUUGAAAGUUUAAUGUUUUUAAUAGUUUUAAAGCACAUUUUUGCACAAUGUAACAUUAUUCACCACUACUUUACAAAGGAAAUGAACACUUAAGUGGUAUCAGUUUUAUGUGUAUAAAACUUUUUUUCUUUAAUAAGCCUUUAAAAAUAUAUUUUAAUAUAAUUUACAACAAUAUGUUUUAUAGCUCUAAUUCCUAUAUUUGUACUCUUGUAAGUUGCAACAAUAUCAAGCACAUCGUUAAGUAUAUAUAUAUAUUUACAGCAUGCUUAUCAGUGUUUUAUAAUUAAAGGUAAAUUUUCAAACUGAAAACUUCUAAUUUGUAACAUCAUCAUUCUAUGAUAUUUCAGAUUAGAAGUUUGAAUCUCAUGUUACUUUUUAAAAUGUUAAUAGUUAAAAUCAAAUUCUUAUAAAUAUGUUACAGCAUGUCAUGUUCAUAUGAAUUGUCAGAAUCCUGAUGAGACAAAAAUAAGCAUGACUUCUUAUGAAUUUAAUAUAUCAGUUCUUAGAGAUAUAAUAAUUUUUUUCAAUUCAAGAAAAUUAGAAUGAUUAUAUAUAUAUAUAUGAUUAUAUAAUCAGAAUAUGUUUUUAUAUUAUAGUAUGAUAUAUUUUUAUUGAUAACCAUUUUCUUUAUUAUAUGGUCAAAAGAAUGUGCGAGUGAUUAUAUAUUAUUAAUUUGUAUUCAUUUAUCUAUACAUAAAAGUAUUUAAAAAUGUAUGAAAUUAUUAUUGCAAUAUGAUGUAUGCCUAAUUUUUUUGUGUACUUUCUGAGUUUGUAAAAUAAUUUAAAUGUAUUAUCUACUUUUAGUAUAUAUUAUUAACAUUUUCUGAUGAAAAUAAUCUGCUGCAUAUUUUAAAAAUCAUGUUUAUUAUAUUUAUUUUAUGAAAGAAAAUUUUAUGCAAUUGUAUAGGUUAAAAAAAUGUGCCUUUUAAACAAAAUUGUUUUUAUAUUGAUACUUGAUUUUUCUUUAUCAAAUAAUGAAAAAAUGUAAUUAUAUGACUACCUUAAUUGAUUAGUUUGCAUACAUCCAACUACUAAAAUUAUUUAACAAUAUGGCGAAUUGAAUUAAGUUUUAUCACCUAUUGCUGGAUGUACUUUUUUAUAUAGCUUUUAAUAUUAGAUAUAACCAAUUUUUUUAAAAAAAUGAUUAAUACCCUUGUUUAAAGAUUUGUUAUAUACUAGUUAAAAUAUGGGCUUUAAAAAGUGGAUUUUGAUGAAUGAUUUUUUUUUCCUCCAACUGAAAUUAGGUGAUUACCUCUACUCCUUCCAUACAGUAUUUCGUUAAAUGGAACUACAAAUAUUAAAUAAAAAUAAAGUUCUAAAAUAUAUUUUCUAAAUUUCACUUAGAAUAUGAAAACUAAUUUUAAGGCAGUUAAAUACAUUAUAAAGUUGAAAUUUCAAAAUGUUCUAUGUUUUGAUUAAAUAGUUACAGAUAAAUAUUACUUUUCCUGUAAAAAUUCUAAAAUACAUUUUCCUGUCCUUUUUUAAAAUUAUAAAUAUUUUUUACUAGAAUUCUAUACUCUCGUAUAGGCCAUAAUUUUAUGAAGCAUCUGUUAAAUUUUAGAAUUUUUUUCAUAAAUUUAUUCUAAGUGUUUAACCUUAUGAUGUUGGGAUUUAUUUUAUUUUUCAAUUAAAUUACUCUUUAUAUUACAAACAUAUAUUGUUAUUUCAAUCAAUAGAUGAAAAUAAAAGGUACUCAAGAUACUUAAAUAGAUCCAAGUGAUUUUUACCAUUUAAAUUAAUUGGUAAUGUGUCGACAUUAUAGGUUUAAAUAAUAAAAUAUCUGUGAUUUAUGAUUCAAAGGGCAAGUAAUUAAAAAAAUAUGGUUGAGCUUAAGUAGAAUUUCUGGCAAAUUAAUGAAUUAUUUUUGUUCAACUUUUUUUGUGAACAAAGUACCUACUUUUUUUUUUGUUUAUGAAGUGCAGAUAUGAAACUGUUGCUCUUUAACUCAUGCAAAUAUCUGUGAUAUAUUAUUUAGUUCUUUUAUGUUUUGCAAUAAUUUUGAUCUCUUAUUAUGACAGCAUUCUGUGUUAAAUAUUUUUGACCAAUACUCAGAAGAUCUUGUGAAAAUGAAUAGAGUUUCAGGUUUAAUUUGAAAUCUGUACUUAAUCUUUUGACAACUAAUUUAAUAACUACAUGUGAAACAUGCGUGUUCUGUAUUAGUCAAAAGGUUAGAGCAAAUUUUGAUUCACAAAAGAAUAUUUAUAAGUGCAAAUAAUGCUUCUUAUGCUCAAUUCCUUAAUUUUAUUUAUAUAUUUUAUUUUCUGUAAAAUAUUUAAAUUUUGUUGUACGUUUGUUUUUUCCCUCUAACUUAUCCGAGUUCUGCGUAUUUGAAUUUUCAUAUGAUACUGAAUGAAUAUAAAAUAGGUUAGUUGCCUUAUUCAAAGCAUUGUGCACUUGUGAUAAUAUUUGGUUAUUGAUACUCACACUAUUAAAAAACAUUGUGCUUUUAUUCAUUGUUCUAUAUUUGAUACAUUUUAAUUCUGGAAAUUUUGAAAAAGAUUUAAGUUAUGAAUGAUACAUAUUCUGCAUUUGAAUGAUAUUUUAUUCUUAUGUCAUUUUCUUUACCUCUCAAAAUUUGGUAAAUCUCAAAUUUUAAAUUAAAAAUAUUCUGAUGAAUUAGAUAAUUUGGUAAUUUAUAGGAAACAGAUUUCAACAAACUUGUAAUAUGUUGUUUAUAUGAAAGAAAAUAUUGAUACUUUAUAAUAAUGUAUAUAUUUUUAUAUUCAUGUUUUAUGUUUUGCCAUUUGUAAGUCUAUUUUAAUGUUACUGUACAUUUGUUAAUCUGUUCAUCUGUGUCAGACAUUUUCUAUAUAUAUGGAUAGCUGUAUUUAAAUAAUACUGCUAAACUUUACUAAUUCAAACUUGAAAGAAUCUCAGUCAAAUUAUCCAAAAAUCCUGUCAAAGAAAAAAUGACCCAGAAAUAAGAACAGCAAGGGAAAAUGAUAAAUUUUAAACUAAAAAUUAUAUCAGAGAUUUAUUUUUUAACAUUUAUUUAAAAAAUAAUAAUAAAUAAAUAUAAAUGUUGAUAAAUGUAGUGAAUGGUGAAAUCUCAAUAAAUAUAAGAUUGGAAUGAUGCUUAUUUUUAAAGAAUAAAUUUAGCAAAAAUUUAUUUCAUUAAAUAAGUAAUUUUAACAAUAUACUGAUUUCGAAUUCUUCGCUCUUCAUUAAAACUUCAAAAUGAUUUUUUUUUGUGUAUAUGUUUUAUAUGUAUGUGCAUUGUAUUUAAUGUGUUCAAUGUUUUUUUUUAAUGUAAUGUCUUUUCUUAUUGAAUAUAUUGUAAAGAAGUAAAGUUUUCGAAUGAAGUGAAUCCUUCAAAAAUUAUUCAAAUAAAGCAGGAUCGAAAACAUACUUCUAGUUUCAGUUUCGAAUUAAAUAAAAUAGAUGCAAAUAACAGAUGAUAUUUUAGUUUUAAAUUAAUAUAGAUUUUAGAGGCCAGAGAAAAUAAUUAGAAUUAAAAAGUUCUUAUUUGUAGUACAAUUUUGGUGUAUUCAAUUUUCCCAAUGUGUGUUAAAGAAGUCUUAACAAGUGUUUAUUCUAAAUGAAUUAACACUUGCCAUAAGUAAGAAAAAUCAUUUUAUUCUGAUGAGACUACCUUUUGUAGUUUGAGUUGCUUGAUCGAAUAUUUAUAAAGAAUAAUCAUUUAUGUGUGAAAUAUUCUGUAUACAAUUAUUCUAAUUAUUUGUUGUUUAUAUAGUAUAUAUUUACAUGAUUGUCAUUGUGUUGUAUUUUUAAGACAACAUUAUAUUUACCUAUGCAAUUAAUCGACAUGUAUGGUGAUUUUUGAUGAAAUAAAAAUAUUUGUU